AUGGGCUCCACCGAUUUCGCAACAACUUCUCCGUAUCCGCAUCACAAUUCUUCGCAAUAUGAUGAGGACAAGACACCAUAUACACCUCCUGUGAUAUCUCGAGAUGAAGAUUCGGAUGUUGAUGAAGCUUCGAGGAAGAUUUUGGAGAGGAGAUUGGUGAGAAAGGUGGAUUGGAGAUUAUGUACCAUCGCGGGAAUAUUAUGUAGUUUGAAUUUGAUGGAUUCGGGAAUCAUCAGUUCGGCCAGUGUCGCGGAUGAUUUCUUCACUACUUUGGGAUUGGGUGUCGGAAAUAGAUACUCGGUCUCAAUCUUGGUGUACACAGUGGCAAGUGUAACUUUCCAGUUGCCAGCUACACUGUGUGUGAGGAUGUGUGGUCCACGAUUUGUAUUCUCGUUGAUUACAGUUGGCUUUGGAAUUAUUACCAUGUGUACCGCAUUCAUCAAUACCUGGGAACAGAUGGUAGUCCUUCGUCUUCUACUUGGAAUUGCUCAAUCAGCUAUCUUUCCUGGCUUGAGUUAUCUGAUUUCGACUUGGUAUACGAGAAAAGAACAACAGCUUCGUUUCGCAUUUUUGCAAACAGGUGAAGUUGUUGUCGUGGGCCUGGGAAUCUUUCUCAAUUAUGGUGUGAACCACUUGAACGGUAAAGGGAACUUGGCCGGUUGGAGGUGGAUGUUUCUGGUGCAGGGCUUACUUGCUAUAGUUCUGGGAUUCGUAACCUAUUUUUGGAUGGUGGAUUUCCCAGAAAAUGCCCAUAAAAGUCUUCAUUUCUUGACGGCCGAGGAGCAAAAUCUGGCAGUGGCGAGAAUUUCAGACGAUAGAGGUGACGUUAAAGCUGAGGAAUUUUCGCUUUGGAAUUGCCUCAUCCAUUUUCUAGAUCCAAAGAUCUACGGCUUCUGUGCUUUGCUGUUUUGUUUGAACUUGGUAUCAACGAGCAUGUCCUACUUCCUACCCAUCAUUCUGAAAAGUGGAAUGGGGUUUUCUGAGGAUAGUUCGAUCAUGUUGUCCGCACCACCCUAUUUCUAUGCCGUAAUUCCUGUCAUAAUCUCCUCAAUAGUUGGAGAUUAUUAUCAACUUCGAGGCCUGGUCAUAAUUUUCAAUAGCAUCUGUACCAUUGUAGGAUUCGCUAUGUUGGGAUUUGCUAGCCAGGACACAGUUCGUUAUAUUGGAACCUACCUCUCCACGGGAGGAUAUGUGUCGAACUGGGCGGCUAUGAAUGCAUAUCAAUCAUCCAAUAUCGUUGGGCAAUGGAAAAGAGCAACUUUCGCUGCUGCAAGUACUGCUUGCAAUGGAUUAGGAGGAAUUGCCGGUGCAUUCAUCAUCAGAUAUAAUGAGGCGCCUCGAUACAUGACGGCAAUUUGGGUCAGUAUCGGCUCUCAUAUCGUCAUUAUUGCUAUCGUUGCGAAAUAUAUAUCGAGAUUUCUGUUCAAUAAUCGAUUUUGA